GGCGGGAAUGGUAGGCGUGCCGCAGCAUAUGCUUGAAAGCCAUGUGCGAGGCCACAGAGAGCCACAAUAAGCAGCUUUACGCACUUUUUUGAUAAUAAAUCGUCUGGUAAAAGAAGUAAUGUUGCUGCUGAGGACUUUCGCACCCUGGUUGCUGUUGGUCUUCCUCGGUCAGCAGGUGUCUCUUUCCUCUGGCGCGCGCAAUAAGAACCGAGGAGCGGACAAGACCGUGACCCCAGCCCCCGGCAGAGCGCAGAGGAGCGGCAGUAAAUCUGAAGCGAGCGGCCGAGGAAAGUUCUCCACCAAGGACAAGAUGCAGUGCACGUGGGGGACGAGGGACUUCGGGGAGACGGUCAGGCUGUCGGUUAAAUGCGAGAACCGGGAGGGGCGCAUGAUGAAGUGUGAAUACAACGCCAAACCUCAGAGCUGCCCGGGAUACCAGUCUGACCCCAAGGGCUUUUGGAAACAGGUGGCCCGCGCAUUAAAAAAGCUCCAAGGCAAAGUGUGCAAGGACGAGCGCGCGAUGGUUAGGGCUGGCAUGUGUAAGCGCGCGCCAAAGGAUGCGCACUUCAAGCUGGACAUCUCCGCCUCUGUAACGUCGUCUCAGUCGAGAGAACCGGAGACUCCCCACCCCCUGCCGCCUCUCUCCACCUCCGCCACCGCGGCUCCGGCCGGACCGACAGCAUGCACAAAACGCGCGGACCACCGGAAAACGGCUGAAGAGCAUUGCAGCAGCUCGUGGGCCAGUGUGUGCGUUUUCUUCUUCUCCAUGCUGCAAAGUGACGACUGUUAGUUUCAGAUCCCAGGAGCGGAUGUGGAAAUUAUCAGACUGAGUGCAGGUUUUAUUUUAGCAUCUGUCAAAAAAUAAUAAUAAUCGUCAGAUAUUCUCUCCAGAGUGCGCAUUUUACAGACGUGAACUGAAUGGUUUUCAGUGACCACACACACCUGAAUGACACGUGUUACAUUACUUAUGCAGAUGUGGAUUUUAUCAGGUAUUUAUCAGAUGUUUUGAAUGUGACUCAGCCAAUCUGAGCGGAAGAUACUAUUUUAUCUCCAUUAAGUGCAGUAAUUUAUCACCAGUGGUGAAAAGCAAGUAUAGGCACUUGUGCUUCACUUGACUAUUUCAAUUUUAUGCUACUUUAUGCUUCUUUAUACUUCACUACAUUUAUCUGGUAGUGUAAGUUUCAGAUUUAAAUGUUCAUCCAAAACGUGAUAUUAUAAAAUGUGAUUUUUUGUUACAAAUAAACACCCCACAGGUCAUAAAGUAGACAAAAUUAGCUCCACCUUGACCAAUUAAAAUGCCUCUCACAUGGCACUGCAUUAGGAUCCAAUAAUUCAAAAUAAAGUAUAAGACAUAACACUCCAAAGGUGACCACUCAGUGCGGACUUUAACUUUUUAACUUGAAGUACAAUUUGCUGAUAAAUCUUCUGUACUUUAACUCAUUUUCUUUUGAAUAUUCUGUUUUGACUUUUUAAUUAACAAACAGGAUAAGAUUAUAAUACAGUCAGUGCACAGUUGACAGCUCAAGUUGGACACCAUAACAUGACCACUUAACAGAUACAAACAUUGAAAACAACCACAUGAAACAUUAAUGUUGCCCUGAAAUUGUUUCAAAGUUUUGAAUCUCGGAACCUGAGAAUAAUGUCUUGUUUGUAGAGCGUGAACUUUCAUUGUAAUAUAUUGUUUUAUUCAAGCAAAGAACCCAAAUACUUCUUGCACCACUUGUUUAUUUCAAAGAAAUGAAGACUGAUUAUGAUAAUAGAGCGGUACUUUAUUCUACCUCUGAUCAACUUUUCCAGUCAACCUUGUAAACACGACUGUACUGUAUUUAUGCACCAUAAAUAAAUCAUUUCUUUUUA